AUGGCUACCGAGCAGUCCCACAAAGCCGAAAAGUUCUUCCCACGAGCAGGACUUGCACAAGAUGGAUGGUCUACCAAAGAGGAAGCGACAGCGACAUGCUACUGUGGUGCGGUUCAGCUGGUCUUGCCUAUAACCAAGCCUGGAUUUGUUUUCUCCUUCGUCUGUCACUGUAGCGACUGUCGCAAGAUCACAGCUUCGAUGUUCACGACUGGUAUCGUUGUUCUCGACACACACCUGAAGCAUAUCCGUGGUGAAGAGAACCUCAAGAAGUUCAGCCAGUCAGACACGAUUGGGACAGAUGGAAGCGCGAUGACCAAUUUCUUCUGUAGUACAUGCGGUUCGCUGAUGUACCGAAGGUCUUCUGCUUAUGCAGGGGCUCGUGGAAACGGUGCUGAAACCAGAUAUUGA